AUGAGUUCUAGGAGUAAUAUGUUUCAAAUUUUAAGACAAGAAGAUAAAAUAAAAAGAAAAGCAAAACAACUUAAAGAGGAACAACUAAAAAAAGAAAAUGAAAAAAAAGAUAUGAAUAAUUUUACAUUCGAUAUAAACAAAUAUUCAUCUUGGGCGGAUUUUAUAGAUGACUAUGAUGAAUUUUUUUAUGAAGUAGAUAAAUUAAAAGAUUUAGGAAAAUCUAAAACAUCAGAUCAAAAUGACAAAAAAAAAAAAAAAGAAAAAAAAAAAAAACUAGAAAGUGAAGAAUCUAAUGAAGAAGAAAAGGAAGAAGAAAAAGAAAAGGAAGAAGAAAAAGAAAAGGAAGAAAAAGAUAAGGAAGAAAAAGAAAAGGAACAUAAAGAUAGAGAAAAUAAAAAUAAAAAUAAAAAUAGUAAUAAUAAUUCAAACAAUUUAAACAAAAAAAAGCAAAAUACAAAAAAAAAAUCAUCUAAAAAAGACAGAGAAAUGAAAAAUUUUGAAAAUAUAUUAUUAGAAUUUACAAAAAAUGAUAUUAAUAAUCAAGAUAAUAAUCCAAAUGAAAUAAAUGAAGAAAACAAUGAUUCAAAAGAAAAAAUAGAACAAAAUUCUAAUAAGAAUGAGGAUGAUAAUAUAAUUGAAAAUGAUAAUCAAGAUAAAUUAAAAAAAAAAAAAAAAAAAAAAAAAAAAAAAAAAAAAAAAAAAAAAAAAGAAAAGAAAAAGAAUGAUGAAAUAGAUGAUUCAUUAAAAAGAGAAGAUGUUAAUGAAAAAGAAACUUUAGAUAAAUUAAAUCAGACGUUAAAUUUAGAUAAUGAAAAUAAUAACGAUGAGAAACUUAAUGAUAAUACAAUCCCUGUAAACGAAAAAUUAAAACUUCUAUUAAACAAAAACUCAAAAAAAAAAAAAAAGAGAGAAAAAAUUGAUGAAAUUAUAGCAAUAGUUGAAAAAGAAGAGAAUAUAAAACAAAAGCAAAAAGAAAAGUUAAAACAAAAAGAAAAACAAAAACUAAAAUUAAAACAAAAAACAAAAUAA